AAGGAAAUUGCCAUAACAUUCGUUGUUGGUUCUCUGUGUGUUUUUAAUAUAGCAACGGCGGGCAGCAAGCUAUUGAAUAGAUUUUAAAAGAAGAAACUUUUUAUACUAGGCAAAAGAUACUCUAUCUAUAGAAUUGUGUAUUGUGUAUAUCUCGAAUACGAGCGCCAUCCAUAAGCUACUAAGGCAAGCAAGUAAAGCAAGGUUAUUACAAUAGCAGAGAAGAACAUUACCCACUGCGACCAAGUAGUACUACGUACCAUGGAGCAUUUUCAUCAGAUUCAGCAAACUCUCCAACAUUAUCAGCAGCAAUUAGCUGCACAGCAGCAACAGCAAGCUGUGCAGCAGCAACAAUUACAGCAACAACAACAUCAAGUUGUCGUUCAACAGAAUCAACAACAGGCACAUCAAAAUAAUGCUAAUACCACGUCUGGUGUUGGAACUCAGCAACUUUUUACAUAUAAAAUGGCAGGUGGGAGUUUUCCAAAUCCUGCCACAACAAUGGCACAAGUAGUUGCUACAUCAAAUGCGGCAGGAACCACCGGCUAUGAUUAUCGUAUUAAUAUGGCACAAGCGGCAGCAGCUGCAGCCGUACCUGGAUCACAAUGGUGGUAUUCAGCUGCCAAUCAGGGUCAAAUUGAUGCUAAUACAGCUGCGCAAUUGCAACAGCAGCAGCAGCAACAACAACAGCAGCAGCAGCAACAACAGCAGCAGCAACAACAACAGCAGCAACAGCAACAACAACAGCAGCAGCAACAACAGCAACAGCAGCAUCAACAACAGCAACAACAAAUACAGCAACAGCAACAACAGAAUGCAGUUAACGCAACAGCGAAGCAGAGUACGAUGAUUCGUGGUGCAAAAGCCGAUGCUAAGCCCAGGGGCCGCAUGACAGCGUAUGCCUAUUUUGUACAAACAUGCCGAGAAGAGCAUAAGAAAAAGCAUCCUGAUGAGACCGUUAUCUUUGCAGAGUUCUCAAGAAAGUGCGCUGAACGAUGGAAGACAAUGGUUGAUAAGGAAAAGAAACGUUUCCACGAGAUGGCAGAAAAGGACAAACAAAGAUAUGAAUUAGAAAUGCAAAAUUAUGUACCACCUAAAGGCACCGUAGUUGGACGUGGCAAGAAGAGGAAACAAAUUAAAGAUCCUAAUGCACCAAAACGUUCAUUGUCCGCAUUCUUUUGGUUUUGUAAUGAUGAACGCAAUAAAGUUAAAGCUUUAAAUCCAGAAUAUGGUGUCGGUGAUAUUGCUAAAGAACUAGGACGCAAGUGGUCUGAUGUUGAUCCCGAAGUGAAACAGAAAUAUGAAUUAAUGGCAGAGAAGGACAAAGCCCGUUAUGAAAGAGAAAUGACCGAAUAUAAGACCAGCGGGAAAAUUCCAAUGUCUGCACCUUCCAUGCAAGCUCAAGUGCAGAAGAAUGCGUUACUGGCAGCUGCAGCGCAACAACAACAGCAACAGCAGCAGCAACAACAGCAUCAUGAAGAACAUGAUGAUGAUGAUGGCGACGGGGACGAUGAUGAGAAUCAGUAGAUUUAAGUCCACAUUUUCCAGAAUUAAUAGAGAGUGUGCGUGCGAGAGUGCAUAAUUUUUAAUCAUAUAUUGUGAAAAAUACUUUAUACAAAAAUAAUCAAAUAAGUUACAUAUAUAUUUAUGUAAACAUAGUUAUAAAAUUUGCUAAAAGUUCAGUUAUAACGACGACAGAUGAAACAGGAUAAAACUCAAUAAUUUUACAUAUGUAAUUCAUCAUAAAUCACACAUGAAAUUACACAUGCACAUAUAUGACACAUAUUUUCUUUAUAAUUUUGUAAUAUAUUGUUUGAAUUAGGAUUUU